AUCAUAUAUUAUGCUGUAUCCUACGUUAGGAAACCACGGCACACCACCGUCCAAAGUGAGUGUAAAUAAACUAAACCAACCAAAUGAGUGGGGAAAAUAAAAAGAAAAAAUUAAUUUUAUUAGUAUAAUUUACAUGCCCGAAGCAAUGGCGUUUUCUGCGACUCUUGGAUGUUCAUCUUCUCUGUUAUGCCGCCCUUCCAAUAAUUCAACAAUUUCAGCUGCUUUCAUUCAAUCUUCUUCACUUUCCUUUCGAUCUUCGCCGUCGAUUUUCAAUUGUAAAAAAUCUUUGUCUAUUCGAUCUGCUACACUUGAAGCACCUGCAUCUGGAGGAGUAGCGCCUGCUAUUUCCUUAACCGACAAUGCAUUAAAGCACUUGAAUAAGAUGAGGAGUGAGCGGAAUGAAGACUUGUGUCUUAGAAUUGGCGUCAAACAAGGUGGAUGCUCAGGCAUGUCAUACACGAUGGAGUUUGAAAACCAAGAAAAUGCUAGACCUGAUGAUUCAAUCAUUGAAUACAAUGGUUUUGUUAUUGUUUGUGAUCCAAAAAGCCUUCUCUUCAUCUUCGGAAUGCAACUAGACUACAGCGAUGCAUUGAUAGGUGGAGGCUUCUCUUUCAAAAAUCCAAACGCUACACAAACUUGUGGUUGUGGUAAAUCGUUUGCUGCUGAGAUGUAAGAGCAUGUACUCUUAGAAACUAGUAACAUACUAGAACACCAAUUGUAGUUUGCUUGGACUACUGGAUAUAGGCAGUUGUGAAGAUUUGUUAAGUCUUGUUAUGUGCAUAGGGACUAUAACUUGAUGUAUAACUGGGAAUGCAUUUUAUUCUUCCUGCACAAAGGGCUAAACCUCUAUGCCAUACCAGAUUGAUUUAUGCUGUGGGGCGGAGCCGCAAUGUAACGUGGGUUCAUGCAAACUCAAUAGUUUUUGCCCAGACUUUGUAUAUGUUGUAUUCAAAAAAGUUAAAUUUUUAUA